UCGGCUUAAACAAAAGGUUAAUUUCUCAUAGCACGCAGCGCCAGAAGUCUGAAGAGGUUCCCACUGUGUGAACCAUCAAUUCUCAAGCUUGUACAGUUUGGUGCUCCUAAAAGAGGCGUGUCUCGGGAAGCUUUCUGCUGCAGGAUGAAAAGAAAAGCGGACGAAACGAUGGCGGACCCGUGUCAGAGGGCGUACGAUUUUGCCGUGGAAGUGGCGAGAAAGGCCGGGGCGGAAAUUAGGAAAGCCAGCGAAAGUGAAAUAAAGGUGAUGACCAAGAGCUCCACCGUCGACUUGGUCACCAAGACUGAUGAGAGGGUGGAGAGAAUUAUCAUCGACUCCCUCAAACAGGAAUUUGGAGAGGACACCUACGCUUUUAUAGGAGAGGAGUCGGUGGCAAAGGGCAAACCGUGCAUUCUAACCGACAAACCUACAUGGAUCAUUGACCCUGUGGAUGGAACCACCAACUUUGUUCAUGGGUUCCCAUUUGUGGCCGUGUCCAUCGCCUUUGCAGUCAAAAAGGAGUUGGAGUUUGGCGUGGUCUAUAGCUGCUUUGAAGACAAGAUGUACAAAGCCAGGAAAGGGAAAGGAGCUUUCUGCGACGACGAGCGCAUACAGGUGUCGGACGUGACAGAUAUUCAUAAAUCCAUCAUCGUCUGUGAACACGGGACAAACAGGAACGCAGAAACGGUCAACAAAAUCUUCUCCACCAUGCAGAGGAUUCUCCGCAUACCAGUGCACGGGCUCCGUGGGUCGGGGACUGCGGCCACCAACAUGUGCCUGGUGGCGUCCGGGGCGGCGGAGGCCUUCUCUGAGAUCGGGAUCCACUGCUGGGACAUUGCGGCGGGGGCGGUUAUAGUGACAGAAGCGGGAGGAGUGCUGCUGGAUGUCGACGGGGGGCCAUUCGAUUUGAUGUCACGGAGGAUGUUGUCCGCAAACAACGACGUUAUCGCCAAGCGGAUCAUUAAGGAAAUUAUAAUAUUCCCCGUGGAGAGGGACGAUGCGGUGGUGAGCAUGAAAUGAGAUGAUCUUUGCACCUUGUUUUUAGUAACAUUGGAGGAUAUGCCAGUGUUUUCUGUACUCUAUGCGAAUAAAAUGACCACCUUUAGGAUCA